GAGUAAGAGCAUCAUCGCCUGGGUACUGCAUCCCGUUGCCAUGGUGACCCGAGGGCUGCAUCAGUCAACAGCUUUAAAAAUGUGACAGUUGAGUGAGGCUGAAGAUUUUAAUGAGGACAGACACUUGCUGGCUUGGUUUCCAUAACAAAUACUCCAUAAAUACCCGCCAGCUGGAUGGUUCCGGGUCUCGGGGCGCUCCCCUUCCCCGGGCUGGCAGUGUGGGCUGGGGCUGCCUGGGAAACAGCAGGGGGAUGAUGCAAAGCAGACAGCUCUGGGUGUUUUUCCCCCUCCUGCUAACGCAACCCAGGGGACAAGGUGACACGAUUGCCCAGCCAGCAGCAGGUUUGGGUUUCCAAGGAAUGUCCCUCUGGAGCUGUUGGCUGGGGCUGUGGGGUGUAACAGGACCACCCCCAGCCACUGCCACCGCCUUGUGCCUGCAUUGGGCAGCAAACCCGUCCUGUUGAACAGGAGAGUAACCCUUGCAGCGGGCUCUUGCAAGGGCAGGUGUCUCUUAAAAAUGGUCAAGGGGAAUAUUAUAGUCCCUGAAGACAUCUUGAGCUUCUGUUGCAAUGGCCUCCAGGGCUCGACCUCUCCACCCCGUGCCCGGGAGCCAGGGGAGCGGGAGGAGGCGCCGGGGGCCAUGGCGAGCCCCUCGGCCGCUCGCAACCCCACCGAGGUGCAGAUGAGCCAGCUGGUGCUGCCCUGCCACACCAACCACCGCGGCGAGCUCAGCACCGGCCAGCUGCUCAAGUGGAUCGACACGGCCGCCUGCCUCUCCGCCGAGAGACACGCCGGCUGCCCGUGCGUCACAGCCUCCAUGGAUGAUAUCUAUUUUGAGCACACCAUUAGCCAGCCGUCUGCCAGCCCUGCUGGGCAGCGGGACGGGAGGAGCGCUGUCGGCGUCGGGCAAGUUGUCAACAUCAAAGCCAAAGUGAACCGAGCCUUUAACUCCAGCAUGGAGGUGGGCAUCCAGGUGAGCUACGAAGACCUGUGCAGCGGGAAGCACUGCAGCAUCUGCAAGGCGUACGCCACCUUCGUGGCACAGGGCCCCUUGGGCAGCAAGGUGAGGCUGAAGCCGCUGACCCCGCAGACGGAGGAGGAGAAGAUCGAGUACAGCAUCGCCGCCGAGCGCCGCCGCAUGCGCCUGGUGCACAAGGACACCCUCAAGGACCUCCUCACCAGCAGCCCCCAAGAAACCGAGCUGGAGACGCGGGACGGCAGCGGGGCGGUGCCGGCGGAAAGGACGCGCGUGGAGAGUGUGGAGCUGGUGCUGCCUCCACACGCCAACCACCAGGGCAACACCUUCGGUGGGCAGAUCAUGGCCUGGAUGGAGAACGUGGCCACCAUCGCAGCCAGCCGGCUGUGCCACGCCCACCCCACGCUGAGGGCCAUCGAGAUGUUCCACUUUCGGGGCCCGUCGCAAGUCGGAGACCGCCUGGUGCUCAAGGCCAUCGUCAACAACGCCUUCAAGAACAGCAUGGAGGUGGGGGUCAGCGCCGAGGCCUACGGCCAGGAGAUGUCCGUCAGCCGCAGGCACAUCAACAGCGCCUUCAUGACCUUCGUGGUGCUGGACCAGGAGGGCCAUCCCCGCACGCUGCCCAUGCUGGCACCCGAGCCGGGGGACGGAGAAAGGAGGUACAGAGAAGCCAGUGCUAGGAAAAAAAUUCGGCUGGACCGAAAAUACGUCGUCUCCUGCAAACAGACUGAGGUGCCGCUCUCCGUGCCCUGGGACCAAAGCAACAAGGUUUAUCUGAGCUACAACAACGUCUCUGCGCUGAAGAUGCUCGUGGCCAAAGCGAACUGGGCGCUCGCCAGAGAAAAGGAGAAGGUGCGGAUGUACACGCUGGAGGAGGACAAGUUCCUGUCCUUCCGCAUCGAGAUGUCCGUCUGCAUCCCGGCCGGCCGAGCCUUCUCGCUGCUCUCCAACCUGCGGCGCCGGCAUGAGUGGGACAGCCACUACGUGAGUGCUGAGCUUGUCCAGAAGGUCGAUGACGACGACAUGAUCUACCACGUGGUGAGCCAGAAGCUCAGGAACGAGAACAAACCGCAGGACUUCGUUAUCCUGGCGUCCCGGCGGAAGCCCUGCAGCAAGGGGGACCCCUACGUGGUGGCCUUUCGGUCGGUGACGCUGCCCACGCACCCCGCCAGAGCCGAGUUCACGCGCGGGGAGACGCUCUGCUCCGGCUUCUGCAUCUGGCCGGAGUCAGAGGAGAUGAGCAAGGUGGCUUAUUACAACCAGGCUAUGCCGGGGUACCUCACCUACGUCACCACCAAUGUGGCGGGACUGUCCUCCGACAUCUGCUCCACCUUCGAAGCCUGUGAGAAGUUCCUGCUGAAGAAUAAGGAGGACCUGAUCUCGCGGCUGCAGGACUUCUAGAGCCACGGCCCCCUGCUGACAGACGGACAGACGGAUGAGGGGACACUUCUGUGGUGGAAGGGAACGUGGGAUGUGACACCCAGAUCCUGCCUCCCGGGGGGCUUUGGUCCCAGGGGCUGGGGUGGAGGGGCAUUACUGUACCACCUCAUCCCUUGCACUGAUGUGUCACACCUCUUUUUCUUUCUUUUUUUUUUUUUUUUUUUUAUUUAGAAAUUUUAUAAGCUGAUGUACAGGACUCAGUUUUCUAGUUCACUUAACGCUACUUGAAUCUUUAUACGAUCCAAAAUCUUCUCAAAACAGAUUAUUUUUUUCACUAGUUCUCAGUGGGGCAUAACUGGUUCCUUUUGAGGCAGCAAAGGGAGAGAGGGGGCAGUGAUGUGGGGCGGGUGCUGUACCCCUCCCUGGUGUAGGGGUGGCUGGUGGAACAUCCCACCUUCCCCAGUGCUGCUCCUUUUCCUGGGCAGGGCUGGCAAACAGCCCCUGAUCCUCCUGGGCUGAAAUCCCACCCCAUGGGGCUGUGGAAGGAGCAGCAAUAAAAGUGUUUUGAAAGGACAGACA